AUGGAGCUGAAUAUGUUUUUUCAAGCGCUGCAGCUCUUCAAUCGUAACAAAGUUGAAGAUGCCACUGAUUUGUGUACUCAGAUUCUGAAUAAAGACCCCUACGACCAGGCAGCAUGGGGGCUGAAAAUGACUUGCUUAACAGAGCUAGUUUACGUGGACGAAUUAGAGUACGAAGAACGAGGACUAGCAGAAAUAUUUUUGGAUGAUAAUAUAGUAGAAACGAGUUCAAGACGGGGAACUUCAUACUCACGGCCAGUCUCUUCCUCGACGGGGCCAACUCAAGCCGUUAGGUAA